UUAAAGGGGCCGCGCCCUCGGCGCCCGCCAAGUGCGCGCCGGGCGGAGGGCGCGGGAUCUGGCCGCGGGCCGCGCACGGGCAGGCCCCUCCGCACCAUGUACACCAUCACCAAGGGGCCCAGCAAGCUGGUCGCGCAGCGCCGCACAGGUCCCACGCAGCAGCAGGUGGAGAGCAGGCUUGGCGAGCUCCUGAAAUGCCGGCAGCCCGCGCCGCCCACCCCGCCGCCCCCGCGGGCGCAGCCGCCCGGUCCUCCCCAUUCCCACAGUCCAGGGCCGAGGCUCGUGUUCAAUCGGGUGAAUGGCCGGCGCCCCCCCGCCACAUCCCCAUCCCUCGAGGGGACCCCGGAGAUCUACACGCUGGCACACGAGGAGAACGUCCGAUUUGUGUCCGAAGCCUGGCAGCAAGUGGUGCAGCAGCUGGGUGGUGGCCCAGCCAGUGAGAGUGGGCCCCGGCCUGUGCAGUACGUGGAGAGGACCCCCAACCCGCGGCUACAGAACUUCGUGCCCAUUGACCUGGACGAGUGGUGGGCACAGCAGUUCCUGGCCAGAAUCACUAACUGCUCCUAGCCGCCACCUCGGGGGCAAUACUGUUGCUGCAGGGCCUGGCCCCGCCCCACACGGACCCUCUGCCAGGAGAGGACCACGGCGCCCUGUCCACCCGCCGCCGCAGGCUGUGCUUCACCCUGGGCCUGGCCGGGCGCCAGCCACACCUGAAGUGCCAGCAUUUGGACUUUUGCACCUGCUGACCCCUCGGCCCAGCUGUCCCAGGCUGCCAGGGGUGAACCUGUGUGACCUCAAUCCUGCUCACUGUGCCCCAGGACCGCCCCUGGAGCUGGCAGGGAGGAGCUGCAGGAUAAUAAAGUCGAGAAACUGCC